UCCCGGCACCGGUGUCGCGCUCGGCCGUUCGCCGGGCCAGACGUUGGGGCGGUCAGCAAAUGGCGACCCAGACCCCGAGCGCGCAGACCCCUUGUCACCUGGUUUGCGGGUUUAAGCUCUGGGAAGGGGCGGACGGGUUCAAUUUAGCAAACCCAGAGAACCCGGAAAGCCACCCUGGCGUUCCUGUUCGCUUUUAGAAACUUGCGUCCCUUGGGGACAAACGGGUUAAAGUCAGUCGGGGAGGCAUCACCGACUGUCUCCACGGGAUGAGCGAAGUUGGUAACUUUUCCAUUCAUGGAAGUGAGAGGCUCGUUGGCUUAGCCUCAGUCCUUAUUAAAGGGAAACUUCUGAUUUUCGGGCCCAAGAGGUUAUUUGUGUCCUGCCCCCUGAAGAACGUUGCUGGGAGAGGGGACGGAGCGCGCACGCUGGAUUCGGAGUGAUCUGCAGUCAGUGUCUUUUAAAGAGCUGGACUGGCCAUCAUGGAGGAGGAGCUGCAGCACUCGCACUGUGUGAAUUGUGUCAGUAGACGAUGUAUGACCAGACCAGAGCCUGGGAUUUCCUGUGAUUUGAUUGGUUGUCCAUUGGUUUGUGGAGCAGUUUUCCAUUCUUGUAAAGCUGAUGAGCAUCGACUUUUAUGUCCAUUUGAACGAGUGCCUUGCUUAAACAAUGACUUUGGAUGUCCAUUUACCAUGGCCCGAAAUAAAGUUGCUGAACAUCUGGAGAUAUGUCCUGCAAGUGUGGUGUGUUGUACUAUGGAAUGGAACCGAUGGCCAGUUAGUUAUGCAGACCGGAAAUCAUAUGAAAAUCUAAGCAGAGAUGUUGAUGAAGUGGCGCAAUUAGAUAUGGCCUUGGCCCUUCAAGACCAAAGGAUGCUCUUAGAAUCUCUCAAAGUAGCUACCAUGAUGUCAAAAGCAAGUGAUAAAGUAUCUGAGCCUAGAGAACAAAUCUCAGUUAAAUCAAGUGUCUCAGAAAUACCACAUACUAAUGGUUUGGUUUCUGUUGAUGAAGAAUCUUACGGUGCACUUUAUCAAGCUACUGUAGAAACCACCAGAAGUUUGGCUGCUGCUUUAGAUAUCCUGAAUACUGCCACAAGAGACAUUGGCAUGUUAAGUACAAGUCUUUGUGCUUCCCCAAAUAAAAUGGAUGAAGAACAGAAUGCCAGAGAAAGCUUACAGGAUAGAAACUUAAAAGACCAGGACCAUCUUUUUGAGGAAGAGAUAGGAGCAGCAGGUGGAAUUGAUUUUAAUGACUCAAGUCAGAAUGCCCAGUUUGAACAAAAUGGCUCAAGUGAUUUAUUAUGUGACUUGAAUACAAGUUCACAUGGUACUUCUGCUCUUUGUAAUGGCUUUUCUUUGGAAAAUAUAUGUACCCAGGUCAUAGAACAGAAUCCGAAUUUACAUGGUGAUUCAAAACAGAAUACAUUAACAAAUGGAGAAUGUGUGUUAUCAGAUGGCACUUCAACACCUUCCAGUCCACUUUCAGUAGCAGCACAACUUAGGGAAGUAAUACCACCCAAUGCUUUGCCUAAUGGUACAGUUCAGCAUAUCCUCAUGCCAGAUAAUGAGGAUGAAGGAGGAUUGUAUUGGAGAAAAGUAGACUUAGGGGACUUGAGGAAUGUGGAUGUCUUAUCUUUCAGUCAUGUUCCAUCAUUCAAAUUCCUUUCUAAUUCAUGUUGGUCUAAGCCAAAAGAAGAUAAAGCAGUAGAUACAUCAGAUUUGGAAGUUGCAGAAGAUCCCAUGGGCCUCCAAGGAAUAGAUCUGAUCACAGCAGCAUUACUCUUUUGUCUAGGAGAUUCUCCAGGUGGGAGGGGUAUAUCUGAUAGUCGCAUGGUGGAUGUUUAUCACAUUGACUUUGGGACUCAGACUUUUUCACUUCCAUCUGCAAUAUUAGCUACAAAUACAAUGGUUGGGGAAAUCGCUUCAGCUUCAGCCUGUGAUCAUGCCAAUCCACAGCUUUCAAAUCCUAGUCCUUUUCAGACACUUGGGCUGGAUUUAGUGUUGGAAUGUGUUGCUAGAUACCAACCUAAGCAGCGUUCAAUGUUUACCUUUGUGUGUGGACAGUUAUUUAGAAGAAAGGAAUUUUCUUCACACUUUAAGAAUGUACAUGGUGACAUUCAUGCUGGACUCAAUGGCUGGAUGGAACAGAGAUGUCCUUUAGCUUAUUAUGGUUGUACCUAUUCUCAGCGUAGAUUUUGUCCGUCAACACAAGGAGCAAAGAUCAUACAUGACCGCCAUUUGAGGUCAUUUGGAGUUCAGCCGUGUGUGUCUACAGUAUUAGUAGAGCCUGCUAGAAACUGUGUGUUGGGAUUGCAUAGUGACCAUCUAAGUGGUCUUCCUUUUGAGGUCCUGCAGCAUAUUGCAGGCUUUCUUGAUGGCUUCAGUUUAUGCCAGCUCUCACGAGUAUCCAGGUUAAUGAGGGACGUGUGUGGCAGUCUCCUUCAGUCUCGUGGAAUGGUCAUAUUGCAGUGGGGGAAAAAGAAAUAUCCAGAAGGAAACUCAUCUUGGCAAAUAAAAGAAAAGGUAUGGCGAUUCAGUACUGCAUUUUGUUCUGUUAAUGAAUGGAAGUUUGCUGACAUCCUAAGCAUGGCUGACCACUUGAAGAAAUGCAGUUACAAUAUUGUAGAGAAGCGGGAGGAAGCCAUCCCAUUGCCGUGUAUGUGUGUGACACGCGAGCUUACUAAAGAAGGACGAUCACUGCGCUCUGUGUUAAAACCUGUACUUUAAAACUGUGACUUCACUUGCACAGAUAUGCAAGCACCUAGUAUAAUUUCCUUGUAACAUGUGACACUUUAUUAAUGUAUUAAAGAUUACAACUAGCUAAAUUUAUUGUCACUAUGUAUAUAAUGUUUUGAAGUGACAUAUAUUUUUAUAAAGUACUGUUUAGUUGGGAAAAACAUUGCCUUAAUGUUUGAAAUGUGUGAAAUCUUUGGAACUUGCUGUACAGGGUGAUUUAAUUUUUAGCCACAUUUUUCAGAGUUAGUAUUUUUAAUGGUGUGCAUAUUUUGGUUCUUAAACUUUUGCUUUUUAAACUAGCAAGAUCCUGACCAAACAAGUUAUUCCUCCUAUUUUCUGUGGGUUGCCACCCAUACGAUCAAAAAGCAAAACUUUGCUUCAAAUUUUUACAGCAUUUUUUUAAGCAAAAACAUCAGUUGCUUAAGCACUGCCAUAAGAUUGUGAUAAAGUUUUAAUAUCCUACUGCUCCCCUUAUACAGUUGUUGAGGCAUAGGUGAUCUCACAUAUUAAUAAAUAAUAGUUCAAAUCAUGACUAUUUGACCAUUUAUCAAUUUUUUAAAAAUCCACAAAUGUGUUUUCAUUUUAUCUACUUACAACUCUUUAAACAGAGUGUGACCAUAUGCAGGUUCCUUUUUUGUUAGAUGCCAUUAUAUCCAAAGACUCAUGCAGCAUAUUGAUGACAGGUCACAGCCAAAACAAAAAAGCAAGCCUGUGAAUUUACCGUAAUUUGAAACUGCACAUGGUAUUAGGUAUUUGCUAAGUAUUUAAAGUUUGAGAAGAAAAAUAUACCUCAUUUGAGUCUGAAUUGGGCAUAUCGUAUGAAUAAAUUUGAAAUAUUCUGAAUGCAAAGGGCUUAACUUUUUUUCAUAAGCAUUUAAAAUGUUUGCCUUUUCAUGUUUAUGAAAAUUUCAACUAUGUUCUUUUAAGAAAUUUAAAAAUGUGAAAUUUGGAAUCUUCCUUGUUAAGAUGACAAUCAUGUAAGAACCUGUUUUGGUCGACAGUCUAACUAGUAGCUUGUAGACUUCUCUACCAAGUAAGUAAGAAUGGUAUCUUUGUGUAAAGAUCAAGGUGUGAUAGAAAAAUAUUCAAAGACCUAUUCUUGAAGUAUUUUACUACAGUUUUACAUUGAUUUAUACUGUUACUAAUCCAAUGUGGUCAGUUUUUAAAAAUGAAUUUAUCAUUGUUUAAAAAUAAAUUGCAAAGAGGAGGACAUGUACUUAAAUAAUUUGUCUUAAGUAAAUUCUAGCAUUUGGUAGUCUAAAAUGGUGACAAGUUACCUUGUUACAAAUGUCAAAACUAUUGUGUCUUUUUUUCUUUCCACAUUUAUUCCUGAGAAUACGCUAUGGUUACUAUGUUUUUUAUUUCCUUUUAUGGCAAUCAGGCUGGGCAUAGGCGUUCCUUGGGCAUUAGGAAAUUCUGAACUACUUAAGCUUUGUUUUGGUUGGAUCAAGUCCUUAUUAUAGUUGAAAAACACAACAUUAAAGCCUAAUCAAUUGUUUUGCCUCACCUGUCAGUUAAGUGAGUAGAAUACUUUUUUCUCAGUGCUUAAACUUUCUUUUUCAAUUGUGAGAACGAAUUAUAAAGUCUCACAUUCAGAGAAAAAGCCAGAAAUAUCAAAUACUGUAAAAUGUAACUGCCUUUUAAAGUUUUGCUGAAGAAUGUGUCUAUGGUUAGGAUAGCACAAACAUUAACUUUGUGUUUUAUGGUUGUGCUUUUUAAAAUCCAUGGUUUUUUUAGUUUAGACUUCUUGUUUCCACACAUCAGCUGUUUAACUUUUUUUUCACUUUAUAUUUCUUUCCACAUCUUUUGCUAUUUUCUUAUUUGUUAUGCCACCAUACUAUUUUGUUAAAAUGUUUUCUUUGUGCAACAUUUGUUCAAGUUCUAAUAAAAUUAAUGCUUUCCCUUUA